AUGUGUCAAAAAAUAACGCAGGUUGAAGAGCUUGAAGCGCUUGGAGUGAUUUAUCCGGAUGAAUUAGAAGUUACGUCGAACGAGUAUCCGAAUAUUGCUCUAAAGAUAUCAUUGCAAUCUCAUCAGGGAAAAGAAGUUCCUGCUAUGUUUGAAGUGACAUUGAACCUUCGGUUAUCAGCUGAUUACCCAGAUGUUACUCCAGAAAUUCAAGUCUUUGGGCUGAAGAGCACGUUUAGUAGUGAACGUAUUAAAAGAGUAGAAACGAUACUGCAUAAUGUAGCGCAAGAGAAUAUCGGUAUGCCAAUGAUAUUCACCAUCGUAUCAGCUUUGCAGGACGAGAUUGGACAUUUAGUAGAAGAUCUAGAAGCUGAAAAAAUAAAAGCAGAGGAAAAAGUGGUAAAAGAAAGAGAAGCGCAGGAAAGAAAGAAACUUGAAGGCACUCGAGUGACACCGGAAGUGUUUACAGCUUGGAAGAAAAAAUUCGAUGUCGAAAUACGAGCUGUCGAAGAGAAAGAGAAAUGGAUUCAUGAAGUAGAAGGAACCAAAAAAUUAACAGGUCGACAGUUGUUCCUUCGUGAUUCAACAUUAAACUUGUCCGAUGUAGCACUUAUGCAAGCAGCAGGCAAUGAAAUUGAAUUCGAUGAGUCACUUUUCGACGAGGAUAUUGAUGGCUUAGAUUCCGGUGAAAAUGACUGA